UUUGUUUUCUUGGGGCCGAAUAAAAUGCUUCAAAACUCGAUUAUUCUUCCAGCAAGCCAAUACGUGCACACAUUGAUAUGUACGCUUAGUGCAACUUCAGUCAGGAUACUCGGUGACGACACGGAUGUCAUCAGCUGCAACCGAAUGGGCUGCGAGUGUCAUGUCUUGGAUGACCCACAGCGGCGAGUGCUGUUUGCCCUGGUGGUCAUCCUGGUUCUGACAGCAGUGGCACUAACGUUUGGACCACGUAAGCACGCAGCUCGAGAUCAGUUGGAUCCGCUCUCUGAUAAGCCACAACCAACUCGUGUUUUUUUUCUGUACGCACACAUGAACUAAUGCCAAGAAACUGGUUGAAUGCCCUCCCCACCCUUGGUAUUCAAUCAAAAUGCAUUUUGCGCAAAAAAUGUAGAGACACCGCAGUCCCCACUGAUGGCCGAGUCGCCCUCAGCAUCAGGAGAAGCGUCUACGACAACAGUCAGGCAGAUCUGCAUCGAAUGCGGGUUCCCAGUAGCCAGUCUAUACACCGAAUAUGGCGUCGAGCACAUCCGACUAACGCAGUGCGAGAACUGCAAGAGCUUUGCAGACAAGUACGUUGAGCACGAUGUCAUAAUAAUGUUCAUCGACAUGCUCCUACACAAACCACAGGUAUACCGACACCUUCUGGUCAACAAGCUCGAAUUCCGCCAUGCCUUUAUCGAGAAGAACGUGGGCAAACUGGGCAUACUCCUGAUACUCUUCAGCGUGUACAUUGAUUGGUUCCGGCUGGAGGAGGGCGGGCGGCUGCGCGGGCAGAGCGAAUUGUUGUUUGAGAAGCAGCAUUCGUUUGCAUUGCAGUAUUUGUUUAUUUUGGUCUUGUCUGCGAUUGAUGCAGCGGCGUUGCUCGUGGGGAUUUUGCUCGCGUCGGUUAUUCACCAGAGGUCGUUUAGGCAGGCUAGGUGGUGGGCGACUAUUUCGACAGCAUUGAUUAUUUCGGGAUUCGGCAAGGUGCUGAUGCUUCUGCUAGUUAUCUGGGAGUACAACGAGUCGUAUUACCCAUGGCUGCUUGAUUUUUUAGUGUUCACCUCGCACUCGACGGCAAUCUCUGUGCUAUUUGACAUUAAUGUUCUGUGGGCCAGCCUCGUGGUUGUGUUCAGCACGGCUGUCAAGCAGCUUGUGCACCUAAUGGCACUCACUGUGUCUUCGUUUUUAUUUGCAUAAACCCAUCCAAACA